GUGCAAGGAGCAUCGAACAGUUCACAGCGAUUUCUCCUAUAGGAAGAUCACGUGAAUUUGUGCCAAAAGCCCUCUUUCCCUCUUGAUUAAUCAAAUUAUUCCGAUUGCAAUUAAAUCUCUUACCGAGACAGUUGCUCCAAAAUUGCUCCGAUUUAUGAGCACUGUAUAAAAUUUCAAAAUACGAUGUUUGAUUUUGCAUAAGAAUCGGGAAUUCUUCGAAGAGAACCGUCUAAAAAUUCGAAAGCAAGUAAGGGGUGAAAGAAGUAGAGAAAAAGGAAGUAACAUCGGGCGAGAAGAAGAGGAGGUGUCAGUCGCUGUUAGUUCGUCGAUCGUGCCUGGCACGUGCGCGUACUCGGUCCCUCGUGCCUUCGGAAGAAGAAGGGUGCAUCGGCGAAAGGAGCAAAGAAGGAGGCAAGAAGAAAAGGAAAAGCGGCUGAAGCAGAAAGUGACGGCAGUGUGCUCCGAACCGUCAAGCGGGACGCUCAGGAAGAGAGUUGGCGCGUACCGCAGAUGCACACCACGUGACUCUCUUUCUCUCACCAGAUAUAUCUCUUCAACCCCAUCUUCAACGUUUUUGAAUUGUCAUUGCAUCGUCAUCGUGCGGCAUAUUCAAUCGAAGAAGUUGCAGCCUUCCGUCAACUUGAUACCACCGUAGAUGAUAUGAAUGGAUCAACGGAAAGACACGGUGCUGCUCGGUGAUUCUCUAUGACAAGACUAGGAUGAUCCGCGUGAGGAGAAAUCCACGUUGGUACACGCGCAUGGAUUGAAAGUGAUCGACAUGGACUGCGAUAGUUGCAUGUGAAUAAAGGCACCAAGAUUUCUCGCGUGAGCAGCGAUUGCAUUAUUGUUAUUGGAGGGUGGAUCAAGAUGAAGGACUUGCAGAUUAUCCUGUACCUAGUGGCUUUGAGCCUAACGAUAGUUGCCGAGGACAAGUUCAAGAAUACGGUCUCGGUUUCCUCGAGUUCGUCGGCAGAGAUCCAGAGCAACACGAUACAGAAGUUGAUGAGCAUCUUGGGGAAGUACGGGCUAGAUGAUCAGAGAGGUCUGAAAAGAGUCUACCUAAGCAACAGGUCGAUCACUUGCAAUGACGGAUCGCAGGCCGGUUUCUACCUACGAAAGUCUCAUGGCUCUAGGCGCUGGAUCAUGUACCUGGAGGGCGGCUGGUAUUGCUACGAUCAAAAGAGCUGCAGGGCUAGAUGGAUGCGGGUACGGCAUCUGAUGACGUCAACCCAGUGGCCCGAGACACGCGAUGUGGGUGGAAUACUCUCGCCGAAUCCCGAUGAAAAUCCAUUCUUUUGGGGUGCGAAUCACGUUUUUGUUCCUUAUUGCACGAGCGAUAGCUGGAGCGGCACCAGGGCAUUCCGAGCGCCGGACGACAUGUUCUCGUUUAUGGGGGCAGAGAUCGUGAUCCAAAUCGUCCGGGACUUGGUUCCCCUUGGCCUCGAAAAUGCGAGCGCCUUUCUUCUCGCCGGUAGCAGCGCGGGCGGUACCGGCGUCAUGCUGAACCUGGAUCGCGUUCAGAAUCUAGUGCACCACGAAUUGGGCUUGAGGCACAUUGCUAUACGCGGUGUGUCGGAUUCCGGAUGGUUUCUUGAUAAAGUACCUUACCCUCCAAAAGGUCUGUCGCCUGUCGAUGCGAUACAAAAUGGAAUGGAAUUGUGGAAGUCACGAAUGCCCCGCAAUUGCGUACUUAAAUAUCCUAAAGAACCGUGGAGAUGUUUCUUUGGAUAUCGACUUUAUCCAACCCUGUCUGCACCGUUGUUUGUCUUCCAAUGGAUAUUUGAUGAGGCCCAGAUGAGAGCCUACAAUGUAGCUGCACCGUUAACGAGACAAGAAUGGGACUAUAUACAUAAAAUGGGUGACACUCUACGGCAUACAUUAGAAAAUGUUACCGCAGUUUUUGCCCCGAGCUGUAUUAGUCAUAGUGUUUUGACGAAGAGAGAUUGGAAGAUGAUUAAGAUAGAUGAAGUCUCCCUUGCACAGGCAUUGUUUUGUUGGGAUCACAUGCCGAUCGGAAAUCAUCGCAGAAACAAUAUAUACAAUAACACUCAUUCGCAAAUCGAGACCAAUCAACUGUGCGGGAAGUCGCUGAAAAAGCUAUUGCGUUCUGGUAUCAGAAAGGGAAACGGUACGUCGAUCGAAGGAAAAAGCAAAGCUGGAUCUUCUACGGAAACGCAAAAAGCUCAAUUGGCUGUCGUUGGCAAAACGCUGAAGAGAAGACCGGCAUCCGGCUCGAUUCAAGAACAGGAGAAUAAGAAGAGGCGAAGGAAAUACAAAGGCAGAAGAAGAGAGAGGAUGAGGGCUAAAGAAGAGAGGUUAAAGAAGAAAGAGAAGCACGAGCGAAGAAAAGGCGCCGGUCGUCGCAAGCAAAUUAAUGGCAACAAUCAUACGGUCAUAUUUAACGGCACUAGACCGCAACGAUCGGUAAUACCGUCGAAGAAACGGAAGUGCGUCGAGGACUGCCAUUUCCGUAUGAUCGAGCGCUGUACUUGGCCUCAAUGUAACCAUAGCUGUCCUAAGUUGCAUAAUCCCUUUACGGGCGAGGAAAUGGAUCUUAUCGAAUUACUUAAGAGCUUCGGUCUGGACAUGAAAAGCGUCGCGAACGCUCUUGUAUGGGCAGGACAAUGUGGAAAGGUGUGGGUCACGGUUUCCUCUUUAUGGAGACCAAUUGCUGCUUCCGAUAAAGUUAUCGAUGCGGAAUUAGAAGUAAAUUGGGAAUUUGAUUGUCCAGAGGACACAAAAUAUUCAGAUACCCAGAUCAAAGUGUUCACUGCUGAUCCAUUAGAAGCACAUAAUAAAAUGAUAAAGCCUGAAUUGAUCUUGACUUCCUUGCAACAUCCGCGAGGAUAUUACAGAACAAAUAUUACUGUCGGUCGACCACCGUUACCAGGAGGAUGGGAUACAAAGGAUGGGGCGACUCUCCCAGGACCACAUUGUCUCGAUUAUUAUGCAGUUCUUUACAAAGAUGGUCACAUGUUCUCCGUGACUUGUUUGCAGAUUUGGCCGACUUGGAUGUAUGAUAUGAGGAGAGAAAUAGGCAUGCUUCCUAUCGGUAGCCUAAUGAUACCCGGGACACAUAAUUCUGGCUGUUACAAACAUGGCGAUCUGUCGCGUCGGGAUGCCUUUCAACGAUACUUGUUGACGCAAGAUCGCGACGUUUGGACGCAGUUGGUGCACGGUAUAAGAUAUUUGGAUAUCAGGGUUGGAUAUUACCCAUCGAUACCGAACGGCACCGCACUCGACGAAGAAGGCAACCAUGUGAGUAGAUUUUGGAUCAACCACGAUGUCAUUCGCAUCACACCUCUUUCGGAGGUCUUAAAGGAUGUGAGAAACUUUUUGGAUGCGGCGAGAGGUGAAGUUGUUAUUUUGGAUUUUCAUAGAUUCCCCGUGGGCUUCGAAGGUAGGCCAAACAGACAUCGAAAAUUAAUAGCUAUUUUACAUCGAGAGUUCGAAAAAUUAAUUUUAAAACCAGACAGAGGGGUUGAAGGUCUGGGACCAACAUUGAAUGACAUCUGGACCGGCGGGAAGAGAUUAAUUAUUUGUUAUGGCGAUAAACAUAUAGUAAAUGACUAUGAUUGGUUGUGGCCACCCUUGUCGCAAGUAUGGGGCAAUCAACAAACUGUAGAAGGUCUAUUUGAGUAUUUGGAUGAAGAAAUUUUCAGAUCAAAGAAACGUAAGAAUAAUCAGAAUCCAUUGUGGGCAGUAAUGGCAGAACUGACGCCAUUCCCAUUGGAUAUUUUCUUUAAUUUAUCCGGCGGACUUCGGCACAUGGCUGAUUCGGUUAAUCGAAAUCUCACUGUCAAGUUUCAAGAGGAGUGGUGGAAGGAAACAAAUAUUGUUGCUACAGAUUUUUUCCUCGGAAACGACCUGAUCUCGGUAUCGAGAAUGUCGAACAUAAAAAAAAGUAAUAUCGCACAAUGGCGUUUAUAGAUAUAAAAUUAUAUUGAUAACAUAAUAAAGUCCUUGUUUCAAAAAUUAUAAGAUAAAAGAAUCAUUUCCGUUAAACUCAUAAAUUAUAUUAAAAUAAUGUAUAUAUUGAAAGAAAUUGAUAUUCCACGAACGGGUUGAUUUAAUAUGAAAUUCACUAGAAACACAAGACUCAAAUUCUUUCGUUUAUUAUUUGAUAUGAUUGCAAAGAAAAGAAGAGAAAAAAGUGAAAGAAAAAGAGCGAAAAAUGCUUAAACAAUAUUAAUACAAUAAUUUAUUUAAAUAAAUGUGAUUAGUAAUAAAAAUA